AUGUCUUCCAUUCUGCCCCGAGUCAUGGCGCCUGUUCGCACACGGCUCGCUGGCGCUGCCGUACGCGCUCCUCGUGUUCUUGCUUUAUCUUCAAGCCGCCUGUACUCGACCUCCAAAAACGCAUUCAGCCCUCAAGAUAUUCACAAUGUUUCUCACAACCCGGAUCACAUCCAAUCAAAGUUGCCGCCAAAGAAGCUCUUGCGCAACAGCGAAAGAUUCCGGGAGUUUGAUAUGGAGGGUCGAGUAUAUGCCAUCACUGGCGGUGGACGAGGAUUGGGGCUGUCGAUGGCUGAAGCAUUGAUUGAGGCUGGCGCAAAAGUUUACUGCCUGGACCGGCUCGAAACUCCUCACCAAGACUUCAUUGCCGCCAAGAACAAGGCCGAGAACGAAUAUGGCGGUACUCUAGAGUAUAUCCGCAUCGAUGUCCGCAACAACACCGAAGUCAACACCACAAUGGCCACAAUCGCAGCCCAACACGAGCGCCUAGACGGUCUAGUUGCCGCAGCCGGAAUCAAUCACCUCCAAAGCGCACUGGAGUACUCCCAGCAUGCUCUAGAUGACGUGAUGUCAAUCAAUUACAAUGGAGUAUUCAACUCGGCUACCGCGGCCGCCCGUCAGAUGUUCAACUACCAACAAAAGGGCUCAAUUCUGUUAGUAGCUAGCAUGAGUGGUCUGAUUGCCAACAAGGGUAUGACUUCACCUGUAUACAACUCAUCCAAGGCGGCGGUCAUCCAGCUGUCUCGCUCUCUCGCUAUGGAAUGGGGCCGUCAUGGCAUUCGAGUCAACAGCUUGUGCCCUGGCCACAUUAUCACUCCUAUGGUUGAUGAGGUCUUCCAGCAGAACCCUGCUGCCCGUGCUACCUGGGAAGCUGAGAACAUGCUUGGUCGUCUGGCGCUCCCCGAGGAAUUCAGGGGCUCUGCACUUUUCUGUCUCUCUGAUGCAAGCAGCUUCAUGACUGGUAGCACAUUGCUCAUUGAUGGUGGCCACACUGCAUGGUGA